UCUAGCUAGCUGUUUUACAGCAUUUGCAUUACAUGUGUGGUGUCAGUAUAUAAGGGGGUGUUUAUGAGAGAGUGAGCUAGAGAUAGAGGGAGGAGCGAGAGACCGAGAGUAGGAGAUCUAGAAAGUGUGAGGGUCUACAUAGAUUCAUUAGCAAAAAGGGGAAAUCUAAUUUUGUCCAGACUCUGAGUCAACAACCGACACACUUGUAGGAGGCUAUCAUAUCUGCCUGCAGACAACCAGUGGAUAUCAGUUCUCCUGUCCAUCGUGUGUGUGUGUGUGUGUACUACCAUGCCAUCCUACACAGUGACGGUGGCUACAGGAAGCCAGUGGUUUGCAGGGACUGAUGACUACAUCUAUAUCACCCUGGUGGGAACAGAGGGAUGCAGUGAGAGGACUUUACUGGACAAACCACUCUACAACGACUUCGAGAGAGGGGCGGUGGACUCGUAUGAUGUGACGGUGGGGGAGAACCUGGGAGAGAUGGAGCUGGUGAAGAUAGAGAAGAAGAAGUACUGGGUUCAUGAUGACUGGUACUGUAAGUACAUCACAGUGAAGACUCCCUCUGGAGACUACGUAGAGUUCCCCUGCUUCCACUGGCUGGUGGACGACAAGGAGGUGGUCCUCAGGGACGGCAAAGCACUGCUGCCAAAGGAUGACAAGACCAGACUGGUGAAGCAACACCGACACAAAGAGCUGGAGAGCAGACGGAAAACCUACAGAUGGAGGGAGUGGCAGCCUGGAAUUCCUAUGAGUAUAGAUGCCAACACUCACAAGGAGCUUCCCAGAGACAUCCAGUUUGAUAGCGAGAAAGGAGUGGACUUCAUACUCAACUACAGUAAGGCGAUAGAGAACCUCUGUGUGAACCAGUUCAUGCACAUGUUCCAGUCCUCCUGGAAUGACUUUGCUGACUUUGAGCGGAUCUUCGUCAGGAUCAAAAACACCAUCUCAGAGUAUGUGAUGCAGCACUGGAAAGAAGACUUUAUGUUUGGCUACCAGUACCUGAACGGCUGUAACCCAGUGAUGAUCCAGAAGUGCACCAAGCUGCCAGAGAAGUUCCCCGUUACACAUGACAUGGUGGCAGAUUGUCUGGAGAGAGAGAUGACUCUGGAGGAGGAGAUUGAGGCUGGUAACAUCUACAUAGCAGACUAUGAGUUGAUGGAAGACAUCAGUCCCAACAGUACAGACCCCUGUACUCUACAGUACCUGGCUGCUCCUAUCUGUCUGCUGUACAACAACAGCCAGAGCAAGAUCCUGCCUCUGGCCAUACAGCUGGGUCAGACUCCAGGGAAGGACAACCCUAUCUUCCUGCCCAGUGAUGGUCAGUAUGACUGGAUGCUAGCUAAGAUCUGGGUCCGCUCCUCUGACUUCCACAUCCACCAGACAGUCACACACCUGCUGAGGACUCACCUGGUCUCUGAGGUGUUUGGAGUGGCCAUGUUCAGACAGCUGCCUGCUGUACAUCCUGCUUAUAAGUUGCUCCUUCCUCACAUUCGUUUCACCAUCGCCAUCAACACCAAGGCCAGAGAGCAGCUCAUCUGUGAGUUUGGCAUCUUUGAUAAGGCCAAUGGUACAGGAGGUGGAGGUCAUGUAGAGAUGAUCCAGAAGGCUAUGAGGUCACUGACCUUCAGGUCUCUGUGUUUCCCUGAUGCCAUUAAGGCCCGCGGGGUGGACAGCCCUGAGGACCUACCCUACUACUACUACAGAGACGACGGGAACAGGGUCUGGGAUGUCACCAAGAGUUUUGUGUGGGACGUGGUGUGUAUCUACUACGACAGUGAUGACACAGUACAGAAGGAUGAGGAGAUCCAGGCGUUUGUUAAAGAUGUCAGCAGCUUUGGGAUGCAGGACCUUGACUGCUGUGGGUUUCCCAAGUCCCUGAAGACACGCGAGGAGCUCACAGAGUAUCUGACUGUCAUCAUCUUCACUGCCUCUGCACACCACGCUGCUGUCAACUUCGGACAGUAUGACUGGUGCUCGUGGAUCCCCAACUCACCCCCCACCAUGCGGAAGCCCCCUCCCAGGCAGAAGGGGGUGGUAGAUGUGAAGUUCAUCAUCCAGAGUCUCCCUGACCGCGGCCGGUCCUGCUGGCACUUGGGGGCCGUCUGGGCCCUCAGUCAGUUCCAGGAGAAUGAGCUCUUCCUGGGGAUGUACCCAGAUGAGCACUUCAUAGAGAAGCCAGUGAAGGAGGCCAUGGAGUUGUUCAGGAAGAGACUGGCAGAGGUCAGCAGUGUCAUCAAAAUCCGCAACGAAGGCAAGAAACUACCCUACUACUACUUCUCUCCCGACCGCAUCCCUAACAGUGUGGCUGUCUGAGAAAGGAAUGAAGGGGAGAGAGCAAGGAAGGGAACAAGGAGGGAUAGCUAUAUAGUCUGAUAUACACUGAGUGUACAAAACAUUAGGAACACCUGCACCUGCUUUCCAUGACAAGGUGAAAGCUACGAUCCCUUAUUGAUGUCACUUGUUAAAUCCACUUCAGUCAGUGCAGAU